AGAAUGCGCGGCGUCCCAGGUCGUCAUGAGAACGAAAGACGUCACUGCGUUCCUCCGCCCGCCAUUGGUUAGCAUUGUUCGAGAAAGCUGGAGAAAGCGGAAGCGGAAGCCGCACGUGGAGCCGGCAAGGCGCUGCCGCAGUUUCUGGAAAUUUCUCCCGCUGUCAUAUUUAAAGCGGCGGCGCCAGCUACCUCCCCCCCCCUCCCUUCCCGCGGCCAGAGGCAGCAACACAGCGCCGGAGCCAGCGCUCUGCGGCGGAGCCGUCCAGGGAGAGGCUCGCGCGGGCGGGACGGGGGCUGCCCCUGCCGGCGGGACCAUGGCCGUGGUGGGGUUCGACCUGGGCUCGCAGAGCUGUUACAUCGCGGUGGCCCGGGCCGGGGGCAUCGAGACCGUCGCCAACGAGUUCAGCGACAGAUGCACCCCAUCAGUUGUAUCAUUUGGAUCCAAAAACAGAGCUAUUGGUGUUUCAGCUAAAAACCAGCAAAUUACUCAUGCUAACAACACAGUAUCUAACUUCAAGAGGUUCCAUGGCCGUGCAUUUAAUGAUCCUUUUAUUCAGAAGGAGAAAGAAAGCUUGAGUUAUGAUUUGGUUCCAAUGAAAAAUGGCGGUGUUGGAAUAAAGGUAUUGUACAUGGGUGAGGAACAUUUCUUUAGUGUGGAACAGAUAACAGCUAUGCUGUUGACUAAGUUGAAGGAGACUGCUGAGACUAACCUAAAAAAGCCAGUAACAGACUGUGUUAUUUCUGUUCCAUCAUUUUUCACUGAUGCUGAAAGGAGGUCUGUCCUAGAUGCUGCUCAGAUUGUUGGCCUGAACUGUCUGAGACUGAUGAAUGACAUGACAGCAGUGGCUCUUAACUAUGGAAUUUAUAAACAAGACCUUCCAGCUCCAGAAGAGAAGCCACGGAUAGUGGUGUUUGUUGACAUGGGACAUUCUGCAUUUCAAGUAUCAGCCUGUGCUUUUAACAAGGGUAAAUUAAAGGUGCUUGGCACAGCCUUUGAUCCCUUCCUAGGGGGGAGAAACUUUGAUGAAAAGUUAGUGGAUCACUUUUGUGUGGAAAUAAAAGCAAAGUAUAAACUGGAUCCGAAAUCAAAAAUUCGAGCUCUUCUUCGUCUGUAUCAGGAGUGUGAGAAACUGAAGAAGCUAAUGAGCUCUAACAGCACGGACAUCCCACUUAACAUUGAGUGCUUUAUGAAUGAUAGAGAUGUGGCUGGAAAGAUGAACAGAUCCCAGUUUGAAGAAUUAUGUGCUGAGCUCCUACAAAGGAUAGAGGGGCCCCUCCAUUCAUUAAUGGAACAAACUCAGUUUAAAGUGGAAGAUGUGAAUGCUGUUGAGAUUGUUGGUGGAGCUACACGCAUUCCAGCUGUUAAAGAGAAAAUUGCUAAGUUCUUUGGCAAAGAUGUCAGCACAACACUGAAUGCAGACGAAGCUGUUGCAAGAGGCUGUGCUCUACAGUGUGCAAUUCUUUCUCCAGCAUUUAAAGUGCGAGAAUUCUCUGUCACAGAUGCAGUUCCAUUCCCAAUAUCUCUGAUGUGGAACACAGAAGCAGAUGACACUGAAGGGGUUCAUGAAGUGUUCAGCAGAAAUCAUGCAGCACCUUUCUCCAAAGUUCUCACCUUCUACAGAAAAGGUCCAUUUGAGCUAGAAGCUUUCUAUUCUGAUCCUAAUGGUGUCCCAUAUCCUGAAACAAAGAUUGGCAGAUACAUUGUCCAAAAUGUGGCAGCUCAGAAAGAUGGAGAGAGGUCUAAAGUUAAAGUUAAAGUCCGUGUCAAUACUCAUGGCAUUUUCAGUGUGUCUACUGCCUCAAUGGUAGAACAAGUUAAAGCUGAAGAGAAUGAAGAUCUCAGUGUGGAGACUGAAGUAGUGAUUGUGAACCAGAGGCCUCCGGAGAAUUCAGAUGAUAAAAAUAUCCAGCAAGACAACAAUGAAGCUGGAACACAGUCCCAGGUACAAACUGAUGGUCAACCAACUCCACAGUCUCCCCCUUCACCAGAACCUUCCUCUGAAGAAAACAAAAUACCAGAUGCCAAGAAAACAAAUGAGAAGAAAAGUGAUCAACCUCCAGAAGCCAAAAAACCCAAGAUAAAGGUGAAGAAUGUAGAGCUGCCUAUUGAAGCUAAUCUGGUCUGGCAGUUAGGGAAAGACCUUCUCAACAUGUAUAUCAAAACAGAGGGCAAGAUGAUCAUGCAAGACAAGCUGGAGAAGGAAAGAAAUGAUGCAAAAAAUGCUGUGGAAGAAUAUGUGUAUGAGUUCAGGGAUAAGUUAUCAGGACCAUACCAAAAGUUUGUUUGUGAAGAGGAUCUUCAAAAAUUCUCUGCAUUCCUAACAGAGAUAGAAGAUUGGUUGUAUGAGGAUGGAGAGGACCAAGCUAAACAGGUGUACAUAGAUAAAUUGGAUGAUUUAAAGAAACUAGGUACUCCAAUUGAAAUGCGAUACCAAGAAGCUGAGGAGCGACCACGGGUGUUGGAAGAACUGGGACACAAGCUUCAACACUAUGCCAAAAUAGCAGGAGAAUACAGGGACAAGGAUGAGAAAUACAUUCACAUUGAUGAAUCGGAAAUGAUAGAAGUAGAGAAAUGUGUCAAGGAAAUGAUGGAAUGGAUGAGUAAUGUUAUGAAUGCCCAGGCUAAAAUGAGCCUUGAUCAAGAUCCAGUUGUACGUGCAAGUGAAAUCAAAGCAAAGCUAAAGGAAUUACACAGUGUGUGUGAGCCUAUAGUGCUGCAACCAAAACCAAAUGUUGACUCACCUAAAGAGGAAAAUCCAUUGAAUGGACCCAGUCUUCAUACAAAUGAAGGUAUGGAAGAAGAUAAAAAUAAUGCUGAAAUCCAUCAACAAAAUGGUGAUUGUCAUCCAAACGAUAAAAACACGACGAGCAUGGACUUGGACUAGACUACUGCAUUGUAUUGAGCAAUUAGAUCUCAUGAAAGAAAAUAUUAUUGCUUUAGUAUGUGAUUUUGUGGGGGGGACAUAUAGUUCUGGGAACUAUUUAUAUUUUUUUCAUAAGGUUGUCUGGAAUGUGUUGUAUGAUGGUGGGGCGGGGGAGUAGAAAGCUGAUCAUGACUACCAUAAAAGGGAAAAUUGCCUUGGUAACUUUCAGAUUCCUGUGGAAUUGUGAUUUCAUACUAAGCUUCUGUGCAGUAUUUAACCGUUAGCUUCAGUAAGGAUGAAAUCAGUUUUGCUAUGAUACUUACUGCUCCUUCACCAGGCUUGUAACUGAAAUAGUCAUAAGCACUUGUAGAUGCCAAGGUAGUUUUCUUUCAUUUGACCACUCAUUUGGCACAUCUGUAUAAAGCCAAUGGCUGUUCAAUUUACAAUGAACAAAAUAAACCUCCUGUCCUAAGCCUCACUCUCUUUAUCACUGUCCUGUACCCUCGCUGACUAGUAAGAUGGUGAAAGGUGUUAAGUAGCAUGUUAAGUGGUAGAUUUCAUCUUGUUAAACAGUACAUUUUCAUGUGGAGAAAGCAAAAUGAAAGAGAUGCUGAUCCUGUUCAUCUUGUUGUGAAACCUUUUAAUGAGCUUUAAUAAUAAAGUUCAUCUAACUGGUA